CCUGCGUGUCCCCCGGCGCGCUGGCUGGUGCAACCUCUCCAGUCCGCGCUCGCGGGGAAGGGGUUUGGCCUCACCUCUCGCGAGAUCGCCUCCAGUUGCUGCCGCCGCUGCUCCGGGCCGCUGACUGGCGGCGUCUGCGCAGCCGCCAUGUUCGGUUGCUAUGCUGUGGCCUGGGAGACGGGGUGUGCUUGAGGGAGGAGGAGGAGACGGAGGAGGAGGAGGAAGAGAAGGAGGAGAAGGAGGCGGGGGUUUGAGCGCCUCUUGCACUCUCACACACAAACGCUGCCCAGGAUUGCCCGCCCGCUCACGCCGCGCUGCGCGCUUUUCCGCUCCUCGCGGCCCCCCCACAUUGUUCUCUCCGGACUCCUGGGUCCCCAGGGGCUAAAUUCGGGGCCUGAGCCGGGGAGGAGAGAGACUUGGCUUUGGCUGAAGGGUCGGAGUUUGGGGGCCAGGCCCCCAGUACCGGGGCUCCCCUCCCCCACGGCACUUUUGGGGGGUGUGGAUUAUCUCAUCCCCGCAGGGAGGUGGGAGCGCGGGCGAGCCGCCCGCCUCCUUCCCGUCUCCCGGCGGCACCGGCCCGCGGCAGCUCCGCAGUAUGAGGUGGUGUCGGCGGCUCCCGGCCGUGGCGCGGCCGCUGCGGCGGCGGCUGCUGGGGGGUCGCUGAGGGAGCCCCGGGAGUGGCGCGGCGGCCGCGCUUCUCCCCGGCGCGCCCGGGCCUGGAGGCUUUUCUUCUCCAGCCGAGAGGACGCGGCUGUGAUACGAAGACCUUGUGUGGACAGUAAUGACCUCACGCUUCCGAUUGCCUGCUGGCAGAACCUACAAUGUGCGAGCAUCUGAGUUGGCCCGUGACAGACAGCACACAGAGGUGGUUUGUAACAUCCUUCUUCUGGAUAACACUGUACAGGCUUUUAGAGUUAAUAAACAUGAUCAGGGGCAAGUUCUGUUGGAUAUAGUCUUCAAGCAUCUUGAUUUGACUGAGCGUGACUAUUUUGGUUUACAGUUGGCUGAUGAUUCCACAGAUAACCCAAGGUGGCUGGAUCCAAACAAACUGAUAAGAAAGCAGCUAAAGAGAGGAUCUCCUUACAGUUUGAACUUUAGAGUCAAAUUUUUUGUAAGUGACCCCAACAAGUUACAGGAAGAAUAUACAAGGUACCAGUAUUUUUUGCAAAUUAAACAAGACAUUCUUACUGGAAGAUUGCCUUGUCCUUGUAAUACUGCUGCCCUUUUGGCUUCAUUUGCUGUUCAGUCUGAACUUGGAGACUACAAUCAGUCAGAAAACUUGCCAGGCUACCUCUCAGAUUAUUCUUUCAUUCCUAAUCAACCUCAAGAUUUUGAAAAAGAAAUUGCAAAAUUACAUCAGCAACAUACAGGCUUAUCUCCUGCAGAAGCAGAAUUUAAUUACCUGAACACUGCACGUACCUUAGAACUCUAUGGAGUUGAAUUCCACUAUGCAAGGGAUCAAAGUAACAAUGAAAUUAUGAUUGGAGUGAUGUCAGGAGGAAUUCUGAUUUAUAAGAACAGGGUACGAAUGAAUACCUUUCCAUGGUUGAAGAUUGUAAAAAUUUCAUUUAAGUGCAAACAGUUUUUUAUUCAACUUAGAAAAGAACUGCAUGAAUCUAGAGAAACAUUAUUGGGAUUUAACAUGGUGAAUUACAGAGCGUGCAAAAAUUUGUGGAAAGCAUGUGUAGAACAUCACACAUUCUUCCGUUUGGACAGACCACUUCCACCUCAAAAGAAUUUUUUUGCACAUUAUUUUACAUUAGGUUCAAAAUUCCGGUACUGCGGGAGAACUGAAGUCCAGUCAGUUCAGUAUGGCAAAGAAAAGGCAAAUAAAGACAGGGUAUUUGCAAGAUCCCCAAGUAAGCCCUUGGUGCGGAAAUUAAUGGAUUGGGAAGUAGUAAGCAGAAAUUCAGUAUCUGAUGACAGGUUAGAAACACAAAGCCUUCCAUCACGAUCUCCACCUGGAACUCCUAAUCAUCGAAAUUCUGCAUUCACACAAGAGGGAACCCGGCUGCGACCGUCUUCAGUUGGUCAUCUGGUAGACCACGUGGUUCACACUUCUCCAAGUGAAGUAUUUGUGAAUCACAGAUCUCCGUCUUCAACACAAGCUAAUAGCAUCAUUCUGGAAUCAUCACCAUCACAAGAGACCCCUGUUGAUGGGCAGCCACCAGCUUUACCACCCAAACAAUCGAAGAAAAACAGUUGGAACCAAAUUCAAUAUUCACAUUCUCAACAAGAUCUGGAAAACCAUAUUAAUGAAACAUUUGAUGUUCCAUCUUCCCCAGAAAAAUCUACUCCUAAUGGUGGUAUUCCACACGAUAAUCUUGUUCUAAUCAGAAUGAAACCUGAUGAAAAUGGAAGGUUUGGAUUCAAUGUAAAGGGAGGAUAUGAUCAGAAGAUGCCUGUGAUCGUGUCCCGAGUAGCGCCAGGAACACCUGCUGACCUCUGUGUCCCUCGAUUGAAUGAAGGGGACCAAGUUGUACUGAUCAAUGGUCGGGACAUCGCGGAACAUACCCAUGAUCAGGUUGUCCUGUUUAUUAAAGCCAGCUGUGAGAGACAUUCUGGGGAACUCGUACUUCUAGUUCGACCUAAUGCUAUAUAUGAUGUAGUGGAAGAAAAGCUAGAAAAUGAGCCAGACUUCCAGUACAUUCCUGAGAAAGCCCCACUAGAUAAUGUCCAUCAGGAUGACCAUUCCUUGCGUGAGUCAAUGAUCCAGCUAGCUGAGGGGCUCAUCACUGGAACAGUCCUGACACAGUUUGAUCAACUGUAUCGGAAAAAACCUGGAAUGACAAUGUCUUGUGCCAAAUUACCUCAGAACAUUUCCAAAAAUAGAUACAGAGAUAUUUCGCCUUAUGAUGCUACACGGGUCAUUUUAAAGGGUAAUGAAGACUAUAUCAAUGCAAAUUAUAUAAAUAUGGAAAUUCCUUCUUCUAGCAUUAUAAAUCAGUACAUUGCUUGUCAAGGGCCAUUACCACACACUUGUACAGAUUUUUGGCAGAUGACUUGGGAACAAGGCUCUUCCAUGGUUGUGAUGUUGACCACACAAGUUGAACGUGGCAGAGUUAAGUGUCACCAAUAUUGGCCAGAACCCACAGGAAGUUCAUCCUAUGGAUGCUACCAAGUCACCUGCCACUCAGAAGAAGGAAACACUGCAUAUAUCUUCAGGAAGAUGACACUAUUUAACCAGGAGAAAAAUGAGAGUCGUCAACUCACUCAGAUCCAGUACAUAGCCUGGCCUGACCAUGGGGUUCCUGAUGAUUCAAGUGACUUUCUGGAUUUUGUUUGUCAUGUACGAAGUAAGAGGGCUGGCAAGGAAGAACCUAUUGUUGUUCAUUGCAGUGCUGGGAUUGGAAGAACUGGGGUUCUUAUUACUAUGGAAACAGCCAUGUGUCUCAUUGAAUGCAAUCAACCAGUUUAUCCACUAGAUAUUGUAAGAACAAUGAGAGAUCAACGAGCUAUGAUGAUCCAAACACCUAGUCAAUACAGAUUUGUAUGUGAAGCUAUUUUGAAAGUUUAUGAAGAAGGAUUUGUGAAACCCUUAACAUCAUCAUCAAAUAAAUAAGAAAGCAAAAGAUGUGGGAUAUGUGUUGGAAACUGCUUUCCAUUGUAUUCACUGUGCCAUAAUACUGAUCGCAGGAAGUGGCAUCUAAAUCAAACCAUGGUGAACUAACAAGAACUGAAAACUUCAGCACUGUUGCACUUUAUGUUUAAAAAUAAGUCACUCUCUAAAACCUAUAAUUCAUGCGUUGGAAGACUAUUUCAUGCUUUGCUCCGAACAAAUAGUGAAUAACUGAGUACGUUCAGGGUAAUUUAUGAAAUUUUGUGGUGGUGCCAUGCAGUCCCUUUCUGGUAGAAUUGCCACAACCAAGGCUCAGAAUUCUCAUCAUCUCAUCUAUUCUCCUCCGGAAUUCUGAAAGCAAAAAGAAGCAACCAUCAGGAGUCAGCUCUGGUGUUCCAGUGAUUCAUGUACUUACUAUACUGAUUACCAGAUUUUAUUUUUUAAAUGUUAGCAAUAUCGUUCUCACUGUUAGCCAGUACACUGCCUACGGACGCAGCACAGCUUCCCCACCCCCCGUAGUGACCUGCUGUCCAUAAGAAGAAAGGUGGAAUUGGCUUUCCCAGGAAAUGCUGCACAUUGUCCAUUUACCAGCAUCUUAGAGAAAGUAUAAAUAUGAAUCUACAAAUUUUCUUGAAUUUAACAAUGUAACUUAUAUUUAUCAUAAGGUUGGCUUAUUCCAAAUCAUGUGAUUUCACAUACUUGAUGUAAAGGAAUGCAUGCAUUGUGUCUUAACCCCUUAAGUGCCUUGAGACGUCUUUGUAUGUCUAAUAAAAAGGCACUCAUUUGACCCCAAUAGGAGGUAUGUAUGUAUAUUGUACAUUUACAUUUUUAUGCAUUUUGAAUCAGUUCACGUUUUAAAAUAGCUUCUUAUAUUGAGAGUUACGCAGUCAAAGAAGGGUAAGGAAAUUCUGUUUCUUACUCAAUUCCUGUAUUUUGCCACAGGAAGCAAAGGUAAUUUUUGUUCUACUGAGUGAGCGCUCUGCUGCUAUGGAAUUGCUCAAAAUCUGCACAUUCCUUUUCCUGAGGGACAAGGGUUACAGUUAGCAGCUCAAGUUAAAAGAUGCUUUAUUCUUCAAGCUUAAUAUUUAUUUUAUGCCUAACUUUGGAAGUGGUAUCUAUUAUACACAUUAAAGUUAAACAUAUUGACACUCUAAGCUAAAGUUAGAGCAAUUAAUUGUGAUUUAUUUCUAUCACUAACUAAAUUAUUACUGCUCAGCAUUCAUUUCAGUUCAUACCAGCUUUGUUCACACUGGCUUAUUGGUUGGGAUACUUCAAACGAAGAAUGAAACGUUAUUGACUUGUGUCUAAAUGUAAUCCCUCAAUCACUGAAAUGAGGGUCUUUUUGUCAUUUCUGUGUACAAUUAAAUUACUCCAGUUUAUAUGUACUUAAUAAGUUAUCAGCAUGUUAAUACAGAGAGUGUUGAUUGUCCUGCCUGAUAAGAGGAUCUGAUUCCCUCUGAGGAUGUGUGUUUUCCUCUUCAGGUUUUUUUUUUAAGUCUAUGGAGAGAGAAAAUUUUUAAAUUGCCCAGUUUUAAUAUAAGUGGAAAUUUGCUCACCUAAUGAAAAGUUAUAUUACACAAUUAUUUUAUAUGGAUGUGGUUAAAAUAGACUCAUUUACUAGUGGUUUCUGAAUAUUUCAGUAUAGUCUUGAUAAAAUUUAGAAUUGACUGGUAGCUAUUUUGGAAUGCCAUUUAGUGUGAGGGGGGAAAUGUACAUUUUAAAAUCUUAAGUGUAACCUAAUGAUGUAUUUCAAAUAUUCAAAAUCCAUAAUAAAUUUUAGAAAGUUAAGUCCUAAACAUUAAUAGCCAAGAACCAAAUAAAUUAUUAUAUUAAAAUAUUUUAAGUUCUUUUUAAAAGAGAAGAGUAAACAUGUUGAAGAGAAAUUCUCAUCUAUUUCUGGAUUUUAUAGUCAAGACAGUAUAAGAUAGUAAAUAACUAUAGUUUUAUUUGAACAUUCCAUUCUACCAACAGAUAAAUGUAAUUUAGGCUGCUAUAUGACAUGAUGAUAAGUUGAAAAGUAAAAUCAUGUUGGGGUCUGCAUAAUUAAUAACUGUUUUGGCAGUUGUUUUUCACCUGAAUUAAAAGGAAAACUGUUCUAACUAUGGGUAGAAUAUGACAACCAUAGAUUUUUUUAAAAAGAUACAGCUGUAUAGAUAUAAACAGAUAAAUGGCAUGGUUGGCAUGUUCUUCAAUUUAGAGCUUUGUUUACACUUCUAAGAUUAACUCUAAUAAUUUCUUGGCAAUGAGCACUGCUGCCUUUUUUAAUCAUUAAUGCCAGUCUUUAAGUGAUAAUAUGUUAGACGUUUAGGAUUACAUUUAAAUUUCUCCUGGGGGGGGGGCUAUUCUCUGUCAGAAUUUUUAUGUACAGAAAAGAUUCUUUUUUAAAGGCAAAUUUAUUGCAAUCUUAAAUUUAAAAUAAAUUAUCCUUCACAGCUAUGCUAAUUAUGCUUCCCUGUUCACAGAACAGAUAAGACUUCAUCCAUUACACCUAAGAAAUUUUUUUACCUGUUUAUCAGUCUGUAUAGCAUUCUAGGAAUCAUCCUAGCUUUCGUACACCAAGUAGUUCUAGAUUCCAUUCAUGUCAUUGUAAUACUGCUUGAUUAAAAUGCCAGAUUUCUUGUAUCUAAACUAUUCUUCCCCCUCCCCUAUCCUCCAGCCAUCUCUCUCUCUCUCUCUCUCUCUCUCCUUCUCUCUCUCUCUCUCUCUCUCUCUCUCUCUCUCUCUCUCUCUCUCUCUCUCGCUCUCUCUCUCUCAAUUAAUGCUGACUGUUAUUCUCACAAGUGGAAAUAGAUAUUGGUGAAUCAAAGGGCUUUUGUAAAUGCUAAGAAAUGUUUGUGAAAACCUUUCCCCUCUGAUUUAUGAUGGUUUUACCAUGUUCAUUUCAAAUGUUGUAUUGAGCAUCUGAUUUGUGUCAGCACUCUAUACAUAGGAUGAGGAAUAUUUUGGAAUAGACUUUCCAUUCACAAGAAGAAGAAUUGGUAGUAAUUGUUAAACCAAUGUAUCCAUUCAAAAUAGAGGCAGAGUAACAGCAUAAGAAAUAGUUUCCUUUGUUUGGCCUGGUAGCACAAGUAAGAGGGGAGAAAGGGCUGAUCACUUUGAUUAAGAGUGAAGAGAAAAUUUAUAUAUAAAAGCUGGCUUCAAAUGUAUAAACACGUAUGUUAAGCCAUUAAGACAGUUACUUGAAGGUUUCAAGUACUAAUACAUACACACAGAGAUACUUUUGUGUGUUUAUAUAUUUGUGUGUUUCAGAAAAGCUAAUGCUAACAAACAAGUAAAGGAUUAUUUUAACUAUAGAGUUGUUUAUUAUCUGUUGGCAGAUCUGAUCAGAUCUAAGCAGGUAUUUGAGCAAAAAUCUAUCUCCACUAGAAGUACUAUACCUUGAGAGCUAUAAGGAACUUGAAAGAUUUUUAUAUAAUCUCACGUUCUAUUAGUUUAGGCAACGUAUCAUAAAUUUUCAUGAAUUUUUGUCUAUUUCAGCUCAAGAGUUGUACUUAGGUAGUGAUUUCACUUAAUAACUUGGAUGAUCUUAGAAGAUGUCACUUAAGGUAGAAAAUAAGUAGGCUUUAAAAAGUGAUCCUAAUUAGGACCCCAACUCAGUUUGCUAGCCGUGUUGCCCUGACAGAACAUAAGCUUUUGUAAGGUAUUUAGGCUGAUAAGACGUGCAGUGUGAAAACAUGCUAAAAUGCUAAUUAGAAGACUAAUGUUGAAAAGCACUUAAAACAUAGAACUAAGAUUUAGAAUACACGUCCGCUUAUAAUCAAAUAAUUUGUGUUCAUAAUGUGAACAUGUAGUAGAAUUAAAGGAUUACUUGUUUUAUAAUCUUAUCAGAAAGGGAGAAGAAAAUAAGAAUUUUUAACAAUGUUCUAGUGUGAUAAAUACCUGUUUCGGGAAUAUUUAAAAUAUUCUGAUGAUAAGGUUGCCAAAGUAGUUUUGAAUUCAUAAAAAUUAUUUAUACCACAAUAAUGUGGAAUAUGUUUACAUCUGUUUUAUUUUGUAGUCAUUGGUUUGUAGUUCAGGUGAAUUUGCAUUGUCACUUAGAGAAAACACAUUAUGGUAAAUAUUUGUUGGAAUAAACAUCUCUUAAUAAUAUGACAAGACAAAGAUAAUUUAUGAGACAGCUGCUUUUAUGUCAUCUGCCACAUCGGCAAAGUAACUAUAUUAGCUUUGCUUACAUCCCACGUUUGCCUCAGCUAUCCAACCACAAUUUCUGCGAUCAUUUUGUGUGUUGUUUCCUCCCAUUAAAAUAGCUAUGUUAUUAAAACCCACUGGAUUAAUUUUAUCAAAUAUCAGAAUUAGUGUUCUGUUGGCAGAGAUUUAUUGGUGCCUAAUGUAAUCACAACAGAAGUUGUAUAAAAUUCUUUGAGAAUUGUGUAGAGAUGAAUUUACAUAAAACAUUUUAAGGGCUAACUGCUCAUUGAUAACUUCAGCAAUUUUAUAAAGAACUCAUGAAAUUAUACUCUAAAUUUUAUUUUUUAGGGUUCAACUUGCUUUACAAUGUCUGCAACUAUUAUCCACACAGUUUUUUAUUAUAUACAGACUUUAUUCUUAGUAGCCAUUACUACAGUAAGCCUUUCAAUGUUGUCAAAAACAAGCCCUACCUAUUUCAGCCAGAAAUUAGACAUUUUGGUUUUAUAAUGUUGAUGAAGUCGUCAUGUGUAGACACCAAAUUGUUAUUUCUGUUUCCAUACCUAAAUUUGCUGCUAUUUAUAUGUGAGGUUUUCCAUGGCAGUUUACUGUUGAUUUCUAAAGUUUUGUAGUCUUUUUUAGUUUAGUACUUCAAGCUAAAUGGGCAGCCGGAAGUGGUAUCUACCGGGAUGCAGUUCAUCAACAUUGACGAGAUACAGUUCAUUGCAUAAAUCAGUAAACUGGUUUAUUUUUUAAUAUACCAAGUGAAACGUAUUAGCAAUAUUGCAGUUAGACUACAAUUUUAAGAGGAAGUUCUAAUGUUUAACUUCCUGAAACGUUUUAAGAUUUCAAAUACAAGAAUGAAAAUGUUUGAAAGCCUUGUGCUCAUAAAAGUUUCAGUUCAACACUGUAGAAUUUUCCUGUCUGUUGUGAUGUAAAUUAUGUAGAAAAAUAUUUUUAUAUGGACAAAAGAUUGAAACUGUUAACUUCUUUUACUUCAUUGUUUAAAGAGGAAAAAAUGAUAUUUGUAUGUCUUUUGUGCUGUAAAGAAAAUGAAUGUAUCUUACAAUUAUUAUUAGAAUUAUGACUUGAUUCUACAGAUACUCUUUGUUUUAAAAAUAUCAGUGAGGGAUUGAAAAGAAGGAAAGGGAGAGUGUAUUCCACUACAUUAUACAAAAUGCAAUUUUAGAAGAAAAAUGUAAUUUCAUUAUAAACAAGAACAAUCAUUGACACAUUUCAAAUAUAAUGUACAUUCUUUUUCACUUUGUUUUAGCUCUGGAAUAAGAAAUUUGAAGAAAAUUUGUGCACACUGUUUUUAAGUGUAAUAUAACUGAAUUCUAGACUUGUCUGGAGUGGAGUGAAAGGUUGCUUUUGUGUGAGGGUAAACAUUUCUGCUGACCGUGUUUCCCAUGAAAGAACUUUCUCAGGCUUUGGCACGGUGGCAGCCACAGAUGAGGACACCGUUGUGAGAGUGUGACUUUGGUGAAGCCAGAAAACCGUGCCUACGAUUCACCACAGUAAAUAUGUGCAGAGGCCCCUGACAAAUAGUUCUGCCUUUUUAUUCUCUGUCUUAAACAGAUAAGACCAACUUUGACUUGUAGUGGUGAUGUCGUCCACGUUUAGGGUCUAUUAAUUCCAUUGAACAAAAAACAACUGGAAAAAAAGCCCUACAUUUUAAACCAAAAUCUUUAGGUAUGAUUAAUUUGUUCAACAAUUUCUUAAAAAGUAGUAUUUGUUAUUUAUUACUCAUUAAACUUGACUCGAUGGAGCCUUCAUUAUUUUGACACUUGCUUCCAUCCUUCUGACUUGUACAAAAUCAUUAACUUCCCUUUAGGGUAGAAUCUUUGUGAAGUACCCUGAGCAACUGUAAGGUGGUAUCUUCAUUAAAUUUGUUAACAGUUGUUAAAAGAUUACUAUCAGCCCCCUCUCAUUUCUGGGAGUUUCCAAAACUUAAAAAAUAUUUAAGUAAAUAAAAUGCCACAUGCUAAGUGAAAUUAUCACCAUAAAGUCCGCAAGGGGGCCCAGCCCUGCUUACAAUCUUAGACCCAAAUAGGUGCUGAUUUGUGGUUUCCCCAAAUUCACUGCAGUCAUAUUGAGCCCGUUUUACAUUUUAUUUAAAAAGUUUUUUGGUUUUUCCUCCUGACUUGUAGUGUCCCAGUUAUUUGCCCUCCUGGGCAAGAAAAUUUCAACCCAGUUCUGGGCUUCUCUGGUCCCCAUCUUUUCCCACCCUUCGGUGAGUGACAGAAUUAUUCUUUCUUGCAGUCUGUAGAAUAGGUCAAAUUUCAGUGCUGAAAUUGAUUCCUUGAAUUUCAAAUAGUAGCACUUUAUUUCAUGCUUACUACUGAUUUAAUUUAUACAUUUAAAAAUAUCCUAGGGGUUUUGUAAAUAUGGAAAAUUAGUGGAUUAUAUGUAGAGCUCAUUUGAUUGGACCCAAGUUUGAAUGCUUUACAUCGAUCUCUUGGUCACUGAUAUUGAAGGGUAACUUGUGUGAUUUUAGCUUUGCCACUUUUCUGUAAUUUAUUUAGUACAAUAAAGCUACCCAGUUGACUGUAUGGCUGGAUUCUGAGUUCUCUCAGCUAGCUUCAACCAA